AUGACGAAGAAGAACAUCAAAGGCCUCAGGAAGAGGACAAAGAACAAUCUCCCGGCAUUUCAGUACCACACCACACCAGUAAGAGACCUCAGGAAAAGGACCUCAUCGAAGGGAGCCAGACAUUUAUACACUGGACCCACCCCCUCCUGUCUCAAGGGAGCCAUACAUUUAUACACUGGACCCACCCCCUCCUGUCUCAAGGGAGCCAGACAUUUAUACACUGGACCCACCCCCUCCUGUCUAAAGGGAGCCAGACAUUUAUACACUGUACCCACCCCCUCCUGUCUCAAGGGAGCCAGACAUUUAUACACUGGACCGACCCCCUCCUGUCUCAAGGGAGCCAGACAUUUAUACACUGGACCGACCCCCUCCUGUCUCAAGGGAGCCAGACAUUUAUACACUGGACCCACCCCCUCCUGUCUUAAGGGAGCAAGACAUUUAUACACUGGACCCACCCCCUCCUGUCUCAAGGGAGCCAGACAUUAUUACACUGGACUCACCCCCUCCUGUCUCAAGGGAGCCAGACAUUUAUACACUGGACCCACUCCUCCUGUCUCAAGGGAGCCAGACAUUAAUACACUGGACCCAACCCCUCCUGUCUCAAGGGAGCCAGACAUUUAUACACUGGACCCACCCCCUCCUGUCUCAAGGGAGCCAGACAUUAAUACACUGGACCCAACCCCUCCUGUCUCAAGGGAGCCAGAUAUUUAUACACUGGACCCACCCCCUCCUGUCUCAAGGGAGCCAGACAUUAAUACACUGGACCCACCCCCUCCUGUCUCAAGGGAGCCAGACAUUAAAACACUGGACCCAACCCCUCCUGUCUCAAGGGAGCCAGAUAUUUAUACACUGGACCCACCCCCUCCUGUCUCAAGGGAGCCAGACAUUAAUACACUGUACCCACCCCCUCCUGUCUCAAGGGAGCCAGACAUUAAUACACUGUACCCACCCCCUCCUGUCUCAAGGGAGCCAGACAUUUAUACACUGGACCCACCCCCUCCUGUCUCAAGGGAGCCAGACAUUAAUACAAUGUAUUACAAACAAGUAUUAUAA